CCUACACGCCAGUUCUUUUCAAUUUCGAACAAUUAAUCGGUUUCUUUUCCCGCGGUCGUAGUUAAUUGUUAGAUAUUUAAACCAGGAUGAAAAAUAAAUCAUGACGCUACUUGGCGAAUCGAACACCUGUUGACGAUCGAACUCUCAAGUUUGAUACGAAAGGAAAACUUUCAUUUACUGAACACUUGCUAUGCGUAGACAUCGCAGUGCCGGCUGUACAUGUUCCCAUCGACGAUUACAACGACCAUCGAGACAUGGCAAUGGAACAGAACGUAGAAGAAAUUCAACAGAACUUGUUAAAAUUUGGUUGUUGUCGAGUAUGUGCAGUUAGGCACUUGACAAAACCUUCUACUAUUAAUGUUAAGACAUUAAUUGCUGCAUCAGAACAGGAUCAUGAUGAACCAAAACGUCUAAAAAAAAAUCCUUGUAUAGCAUGUUUGGGAUUAUUUCAAAAUCCACAAAAAGAUGAUAUUAUCAAUAAAAUAAUUUCUCAUCUAAAAACAUCUAAAUAUGAUUCCGAUACAUUUAAUUUAGCAUUUAAUUUACCCAUGUGUACCAUUAUUCGUGGGCAUUCAAUUGCAUUAUAUGUAUCAAAACUAAGAAUAACAUUCAAUCCAACGUUUCCUACAGCUUUUGUUUGUGCUAAAGACGCAUGGAAACUAAUGGCUGAGGACGCUAUUGUGAAAGCCACCGGUAAACGUUUUGAUGUGCAUUCACCGUUGCUAGUUACUGUAGGUUUUCAUUAUAAAGAUAUAAAAGAUGAAUUUGAUUGUUUAAAUGCAAUUAUCAAAUUAAGUAACAAAAAUUUACAAAAUAUUUUAUCUCAAAUGGAUAACAAAGAUUUCGUUAGUCAAUAUGGUGAAAUGCCAUCAGUACCAGAAUCAGUAAUAGAAUUCAAAAGUGUAGAUGCUAGACAUGAAAGCGUAUAUAUUGCUGGUCGUUAUAAUAAGUGGUCUAGGACCCUUUCUCAAACACCUUGGAUAGUAGACCAAGAAAGAAGGCUAGAGAGUUCAGUUGAAGAAAUAAUAUCUGAUCCAAUAAAAAAACGUGCAUUAGCUGAUGAAUUCAAAUUCUCUUCAUCUGGUAGAGAAGACAUUGACGUCAGAAUGUUAGGAAGAGGAAGGCCGUUUGCCAUCGAAUUAGUCAAUCCAAAACUAACUAAAUUCAGCUAUGAAGUAUUGAGGGAAAUUGAAAAUGAAAUAAACACUGAUCCCCAAGUGACUGUAACACACUUGCAAAAUGUUGUUAGAGACCAAUUAAAAGAGUUGAAAUCAGGUGAAGAAUUUAAAAUCAAAGUAUAUAAGGCUCUUUGUUAUGUUGAAGGAGAGUUACCAGAUAUUGAAAAACUCAAUAACUGUGCUCCUCUAGAAAUAUCACAGUACACACCAAUCCGAGUAUUACAUAGAAGAGCUAAUAUGGUCAGGCCCAGAACUAUACACUCGAUGAAAGCUGUAGCAACCAAAGUUGGUGUAGAUAAUGGUUGUUCAUUUUUCAAUGUGAUUUUAUCCACCCAGGCUGGUACAUAUGUCAAAGAAUUUGUACAUGGAGACUUUGGACGUACAAAUCCUUGCCUCAGGACAGUUUUAGAAAACGAUACAGUUGAUAUAUUGGCUUUAGAUGUUUUAGAUAUUGAAAUUGAUUGGCCUACCCCUGUAAAGUAUUAACACCAGAUAGGUUAAAUUUAACCUAUUCUGUGAUUGAUAUUCAGUACUGAAAACCGUUUUAUAAUUUUAAAAAAUCUAGUAGCAUUAAAAUUAUUAAACGAUUAUGUUGAAUAUUAAAACAUGUCAUGUCUUAGAAAAAAAUAAAAUAUGGUUAAACUUCCUUAAAAAAUUUGUUAAAUUUAACUAAAAAGAGUGUAUUUUAUUCAGAUCAUCCUGUUGUAUUUAAUUUAUAUAGUAGUGAAAUACAUACUUGUUCCUAUACUUAUAAAAUCACAUUCCAGUAUUAAUACAUAUAAAAAGGAGUACAAUUUUUUACUGUAAGAAAUAUUGGGUUGUUUAGUACUAAUAAACUGUUAGGAUAACCAAUUAAGUUUUAUUUUAAUACAAAAAUCCAUGUAAAAAUGUAAAAAUUUUAAAUCUAAAUCAUACUUCAAACAAUAUGAAUCUAAAUUGCAUUGGUCUUAAAAUAAUUAAUCUUAGGAUAAUGACUAAAUAUUAGUGUUAUCAAUGUAUUAUAAAUUUAUAAUAUCACUUGGAUACUUAAUUAACAGGAGACUACA